AUGUCUAAAUGUCAGGAAAGGGAUUUAUUUCCUGAUCCAUUAUAUAUAUACAUGGAUUUCGAAAAGUCUGCUAUGACCGCGGUUAAGAGUAUCAUUGGGGAUCACAUCGUAAUUAGAGGAUGUUUUUACCAUUUGUGUCAAAGUACACAUAGAAAAAUUCAGAAGCUGGGUCUGGAAAGCGAAUACAGGACCGAUGAAACUCUAAAUUUUUUUUGUAGCAUGAUGGGCUGCUUAGGAUUCGUUCCGUUAUGUGAUAUGGACAAUGCACUGACAUUCCUGAGAACAGUUACUCCGAGCAAUGGUAAGGACUUUCUUGAUUAUUUCGAUAAAAAUUAUGUCAAUGGAAGGGAGGUCAUGAGAAGCAAUUCUCAAUCCCAAACACGUCGAAUUGAGCCUCGAUUUCCUCCAGAAACCUGGAACGUGAAUCAGAUCACUCUCUCAGAUGAAGAACAAACAAAUAAUCAAUGCGAAGGUUGGAAUCAUAGUUUUUCUAAUCUGGUUGGGAAUAAACACCCAUCAAUCUGGGUACUCAUUAAAAAAAUGAAAUGCGAGGUGGCUGCCGACGAAACCAAACUUGAAAGAUGGCGCGUAGGUAGUUGGACAUCGAAAACAAAAUGGCAGAGUUCUAACAACCAGAUUCGGCUAAAGAAACUUUGCAAAGAAUACCGUGAUGGGGUGCGAAGCCUUCCAGAUUAUAAGAGCGAUUGCCUUCAAUAUUCGAUAAUUAUGAAUUGUGGUAACAUACCUAACGAUAGUGAAGAUUCAAAAUUAAGUGAAACGUCUGAUGAGGAGUUUCUAUCAACACAAAAUAAUGAUUUGGAUUUCAAUGAGACAGAUGAAUCGGAAGAAGAAGAAAAUAUCAAUAAUGAAAAAGAAAUCGUUUGGAGAAAAAUGGUUUGGAAAAAUUGCUUAACAAAUUUACCAGCACGUCUGUACUGGGCCACUAAUACAAGACAAGCCAAAGUUACAGAUGUCAUGACCCUUAAUCGCUGGGAACAAAUAAAAUCAUUCAUUCAUAUAAAUGAUAAUGACAAAUUUAUUCCACUUGGAAGUGAAGGCCAUGACCCAUUUCAUAAAAUUAGACCCCUAAUAACUUUAACCAAUAAUAUACUAAAAUCUUUUUCGAUAGGCGAAAACAUUUGCGUAGAUGAGCAAAUUAUUCCAUACAAAGGGAUGAGCAGGUUGAAACAAUAUAACCCUCAAAAACCCAAAAAAUGGGGCUAUAAAGUCUUUCUACUAUGCAGAGAUGAUGGUCUCCUGCAUAAUUUUGAAGUAUAUUUUGGGAAAAUACUACCAGCAAAAGGAUUGCCUGAUGUUGGAGCAAGUAGCAAUGCUGUGCUCCGCUACGAUCCUUCUACUUAUAUGGCUAAUUCUGUACCUAUAAAUGUUUCGUGGGAGAUGACAAGCUAUCUAAAGGAAGGACUCAGUUUAGAAAUAUGGAACCAUUUACAACCAUCUAUCGUAUACCCGUUGACUCAUAAAAUCGAAUCCUCCAAUUUUGAUAAAAAUCUCGUUUUCUUGCCAGAUGAAGAUUCUACUACUUAUGAGAUCCAAUUUCCUGGAGAUUUAAAGUGCCAACCUUAUUGUAUAAUGAGAGCCUCUACCAAAUUUGGAAAUAAAACAUCCAAUCGACGAAUCCCUAAAAAUCAGCUCAUAUCUCAUUCUUGCUCAAGGAUCAUCGUAGUCGAAAAUGAAGGUUUAGUCAAUUGCUCAAACAGAGGUAUUUAUACCGAGACUGAUAGUGGAAAGGAAUGCGUUUGUGAUUGGUUAUAUUCCGGCAAAUAUUGUCAAUACAAAGAUGAAUGUUACGAAUCUAGUGAUUGUUACGAUAAUGGUAAAUGCGUAGACGUGAUUUCUUCCGCCGCCAUCACGCAAACCAACGAGAAAAGGAACAAGGAUUUUUAUUCUUCCCACGUCAUAUCACCUAGGGGAGUAUGCUUUUGUAAAGAUGGAUGGUUUGGUCCAUCUUGUAGGAGAAAAUCUUUAGCUAAAUCUAUAAACCCUAUCAAUAUGGCCUCCGUGAGAUUGGAUCCUGGGUUUCAAAUUUAUUGGAAAAUUCUAGAAUUAACCGGAGAAUUAGAAGUCAUUAUCGUUGCCGAUACUAAAUCUUGGAUUUUGUUCGGUUGGGCACCCAAAGAUACGUUACAAAAUUGUGGGUUUGUGAACGAUAAAUUCGUUUCCCGAAGAAAUGCUAGACAAGAAGAAAAGAUGAGCUGUUACGAUACAAUAUUAGCAUGUUCGCGUGAAGAUAACUUAAACCGGGUUUUUGAUUUCUUUACUCCUUACCGAGUUUUCGAUUUUGGAUCUUCCGACCCCAUCCAAAAUAAUGUUUCAGAGGGAGUAUUCGAUUUCAGUGGAAUCGAUAAAAGUUUUAAAUUUUCUGGAUCUACAAGGGCACCUCGGGGAAGGGAUAACAUUUUAGAUGCCAGCACGCACGAAGAAAAUGGUGUAACUUUUGUGUAUUUCAAGAAAAAGUUGAGAGUUUACGAUAAUGCUGACAUAGAAGUAUCCAACCAAACCAUGAAUAUCAUAUGGGCCAAGGGUCGUAGUAGAAGAGAUCUAGACGGGAACACUAAUUCUUAUAUGAAUAGCGAAGAUUUAUUCAUGCUCAGGGAUAUUAGGAACUUGGACAUGGGAGUCGCCAGCAUAAAUUUCAUAAAGGAUUAUGAAGACUACAUGCGAAAUCGCCAUAACUCGCUACCAGCCACUAAUCCCAAACUUUUUCAGUCAUCGACUCCUCUAACAGAUUCGAAUUUCAACGAUAGACAAAACAACGCUUCGCCAAACAAUGAACCUCGAAAUACAGAAAGUCCUCAAAAUUCCCAGAUUCGUGAAAAUUUAUCCCAACCUAUAUCUAGCUUUAAUCUCACCAACCUUGACAAUGUUAAUUCUCUUCAAAAUUCCUCGAGUAGCUCGGUUUAUAUGGACCACUCAGAUCCCGAUAUAUUAAAUUGCGAUUCCCUAACACUUACCUAUCCACCAGGUUGUCUGGACACCUCAGCUAAUUGUCAUUUCGCUGUCACAGUUAACAGAGACAGGUCACAUAAAAAUAACGGGAGAUUCGUGGUAACCUACGUCGUGACCAAAUAUAUUGACGCUUACGAUGCAAUUGAGUUAAACAGUAGACAGAGACGGGGUAGGGAUCAAUUUACAGGAAUUAUGAUGUCGCGACACCUUAAUAGGAAAUCGACGGAUGUCGUAUUGGGUUGGAAAGAUAGAUAUGGUGCUCCUAUGAUAUCGGACAUGUUCACCACUAACUUUGGCUCCACACUUUACAUGGAUACCAGCCAAGACAUAUUUCGGGCCUCCUUGAAAAAAUUGAGCGUGGGUAUAGAGGACAUAGGUAAUAUUACCUUAGUGACAGCCCAGCCUAGAAGACAGAAAAUAGUACUAUCAUUCAAUAGGCUCACAGCUCCUUCAUUCGUGAAUACCAACGAACCUGAACAAGACAUAUUCCUGUCAUCAUCGCCCGAUGAUUCGAAUGAUUGCUUUUACUUUUUUAUGCCAUCUUACCGAAAAUCGUUCGAGGCCAUGGAUUAUUUGAUAUCUUUCGCUGGCAGGAGAAAUUUUAGUGGUUCUGACAGAGAAAAUUUCUACCCUUACUUCGAACCCAUAUCGAUCAAACCAGUCUGCAUGAACUUUUGCGAUAAGGACCAAUAUGCCCAACCCGAUUCAUACUCUUAUCAAAAUGAAUUGGUUGCCAAUUUAAGCUCUUCACAAGGCAAUUUCGAUAAUAACUAUAAUAUUCAACAGCAGUUAAAUGAAAGGCCGCUUAAGAGGGUAGCCUUGCCGGCCAACCCAACCAUAUUCGAUUUUCCGCGUCGACAUUUGCAAGGCCUAGAGCAGGCUCCAUCUAUAGUCACUCAACGUACCAUUCCUAUAUUAGGCAAAUAUGUUCACGAGGAUAUCGAUCAAAACGAGUUGAAGCGAAGAAACCUUAAUAUUGGCCAGAGCCAUUUGGACGAUUUCCAGGAAAGGAACAAUAUCAAUAAUUUUUAUAAUCAGAAACCCACAUUAGUCGAAAUAAACGGUGGUUCGGGAUCCUUACUAGCUUCCGCCACCGAACUCAUCAACGGCUCAAACUCGCUAAUCUCUGAUGGUUUUAAAAUCAAUAUUAUUGAGAAGGCUGAAAAUGAUAAAAGGGGUUUGGAUAAUAAUAACAAUACUGAAUCCAAUACCCACUCGAUUAAAAGUAUGACUCUGGUCUUUAAAACGGCCUCUAACUAUAACGACAAUUUAACGCGACCUUCUACCCGUUAUACCGUGAAAGUUCAUAGCGGGGGAGAUUACGUGAAAGAAACGCCAAAAACACAAUUUUGUACUUUCACUCCCGAUCCCGGCCCUUGCUUCCAAUACGUUUCUAAAUGGUUUUUCGAUACAACUACCCUCGCCUGCAUUCAAUUCGCCUACGGGGGUUGUAGGGGUUCUCUUAAUAGAUUUGACAGCAAAGAACAGUGCACAACUGUAUGUAGGCCCGUCGUUGAAAGAUUAAAAUUUAGAGCUUAUCUAGCCAAAAAUCCAAGAUUGCCUCCUUCGCAAUCGAAUAUUACAACUGAUCGAAUUUAUCAUUCCCAAGUUACUAGACAAUUCGUACAAAAUAGGACGAAUACACAAAAUAACCUCAGUUCUAUCAAUACAUUAAUAACCGAAAAUAGUCAUCCUAGCUUAGCCGCCCAACUUAAAAGUAAUUUAGUGAGCAAUCGUAACCAUGGUCACGCAAUCAAAGAGAUUGUAGAAGUAAAAGAAAAUAAGAUUUUAACCACAGAAAGAAAUUUCGAUUAUAGAAAUAACGUUAAUUACGUGAAUGCGAACAAUUUUAGUGUGGUCAUCACCUCCAAACCUUAUGAUACACAGAGACCGAAUGUUGUUCAAGAUGUUGAACCUGAUGCAAAAAUUCAACAAAUCAACACUGAUAGUGAUACUGCUGAGGGCAUUGAAGUGAAGAAAAUCUUCAAUGUAAAUGACUUUACGAAAACCAAUCUCUCCAUUUUGAAUGAUGAAAAUCACAGACAAGUCCUAACCGUUUCUAAUAGUGGAGCUAAUAAUAAUAGCGAUAUUUACGAUCUAAGUAACAACAACGGUAUACCGAACAAAGUUAACGGUGAAAAAUAUUUGGUAAACGUAACCAAGAUUGGUGUGGGAAGCGAUAUGUCCCAGCAUUCGGAUGAAAAUAUCAUUGUAGGUCCUUUACUCAUUGAUGAAGAGUCUAAUAAUAAUCAAGCUACCCUUAAUAAUUCGACCUUUUUACGUUCCUCUCUUUCUUUCUUCCCUUUCGCUCGACUGUACACGAAUGAAUCUUCCCGUCAUGGUUUCCACGAUGACGCAAAUGUUAAUGAGUAUAUGCCUGAUGUUGGUAAUUUUUCGAAAGAUACGAAAGCAGAGGAAUAUGAGUAUAGAUUGAGGCAGGGAGACAAGACUAAGGAUGAAAAUAAAGCUUUCAACUCUACACAUUUGGGCGAUAAUGAUAGAAUUCAUAAUUUCACCUUCUCUAUAAACGGGCAUGAUAAAAAUAACGAAGAAUAUAGGCACGUUGAAAGAGAUGAAAGAGUUAACGAUACGCAAGCGGGCGCUGAAUGGGAAAUUAAUUUAACUAAUACGGUAGCUAGUGUUCAGAAAUCGUUCGCCACUACUAAUAAAUCAGAUCUGUCAACCAGUUUUUAUAAUCAUUCUAGUAUAUUUAACUUUGGAAAUAGCAGUGAUAAUGAUAUAAUUUCUCUGAGUUCUAAUUUAUUUGCGAUCGAUAAAAAUCCCCCGCAGAAUAUUAAUACCGAAGGAGGAAAUAAAAGCUUUAAUCCCGAUAAAUACGUAAAUGAGGAACUGAUAAAAUCAUCUACUAGUGCUUUGAUUGAACCAACUAGGAAUCCUCAUAUAUCAGAUAUCACAUCUACUCCCGAGAGACUAAAUUGGUAUCAAAUUAAUCAUAAUGAGGAUGAAAAAGAUGAAAGAAGGGAAGAAGAAAGUAAAAAAGGAAUAGAAAAAGAAAGUGAAGAAACUGAAAUUACUAAAUUUACUUUAACAUCACCUGUUUAUAAUAAUUUCACUACGCAAUAUUAUGUUAGUCCUAGGAAGGAAUCUUUUUUGAGUCGCAAUCCCGAUAUGAAUGCCAUGAAAAAGAUUGUAUCGUCUAUCAAAUACCCACCUAUACCAAAUCAACUAGCUGAAGUCACCACGAAAUCAUACAAUAAUAGCCUCAACCACACCAAUUUACCCACAAAUCCAAAUGUCAUUCAAAAGGAAAAGACGUUGGACUACGCUGACGAAAAAAUGUAUUUACUCGUUCAUUUUAUUAUGACACGGGCGCCUUGGACUGACGGGUUGAUGGAUAAAAAAGAUAGGGAUUAUAGAGUUUUGGAAUGGAAGAUAAAAGCUAUUAUCUUGGACGAAAGGAAGUUCCGAGAAUUCCCAUUUUUCUUCAAAAUAUCGAAUUUUACAUUCAGCAAAGGCAGCGUAAUUACCACUAUGGAAGUUGAAAUAAGAAUCCCAAAUCCUUCCCAUUCUUGGAGAACGGGUAAAGAAGACCAGGAAAGACAAGCUAAUAUCAAGGAGCUCGAAGAAAUAAUUCCCACCGCGUUCAAGGCCUUUAUAUUGGAUACGUUUCCUGAUUCUUUUUACUAUGGAACCCCUUUACCGAAUGAAGUCAAUGUAACUAGCGCCAAGAAUUUCACAAAAGUUAAAGAUACUGGCAAUGUAGACACGAUAGGGCAAGAGUACACAAUAGAUGCGUAUAGCCUGUCUGUUGAGGUCAAACCAAGAGAAAGUUAUUCGGAUCAAAUAUUGAAAGUUUUGGAUGGGAUAGACGUUAUAGAUCUAGUAGAUAGUGAAAGUGAAAAUGAAGAGCAAAGCGAGGAAGAUAGUAUUUUGCAGUUGAAAGAAGAGGAAGAAGUUGUGGACGAAUCAAACAAAAAGACUAGUAAAGAAGAAGCUUCAUUAUAUAUACCGCGGGCUUCUUAUCGUUAUACUAAGGAUAAUCACUUAAGAGAAGUGAUACAAGAAAAAGAGAAUGGAUCAGAUGAAUAUUCAAAAAACAUAUACGAUGUAACUAAUGAUUACACAGCCAAAUAUUAUUAUGGCACAUCAACGACGACUCUUAAAGCUGUGACUGAGAGAAGCAAUCAAAGAAACUCUUAUAUUGAUUCUCGAUAUAGCGACAGUUCUAUAGCUUACUCAAAACUGCCUCCGAUUUAUCACUACAAUGAUGAAAAAAAUAAUCGGUUUACCACUUACUAUAGUAAUAGAACUGCUCCUUCAUCCUCAACGUAUGAUAGUAACAGAUUUUCCACUUCACCCUAUUUUUAUCCUACCAACACAUCUCCUAAAGUAAGUUAUAAGGAAACAAGAACAUCAGAAGAAACUGAGAGUUCUCAUUUCACACGUAAUUACAAGACAGAUUACAUUACUAAUAUUAAGACUGAAUACAGUUCUACAACAAAUUACCUUUUAAAUAAUACCUAUGAGGCAAGAGGAAACGAUUUGAUAACGAAAACGGUUAUUUCAGACACUGACGCAAAUUCUACUACAAUUUCUGAUUCUCCUCGGGCUUUCAAGACUGUUCUUUAUCCCUCCGAGAAUACUGAUAAAGAAGAUUAUAAUUAUAUAACUCCUUAUAAAACCAUUGAGUAUCAAGGGUCAAUUAGCGAAAUACCGGAACUGCUGAGAAAAGUUGAAAUCAACUAUGAUGAUAAGUAUGAAAAUUUAAGUACCAUUAGUACAUCCCCAAAUAUUUAUAACAACUUUGAUGUAGUAAGCAGACAUUCCAAGCUCUCCACCUUCCAAGAUGACUUGGAUGAUACGCAUAUAAUAGAAAAUUAUGAGGUUACUCAAAAAAUUAGCGACUUUAAGGAUACCACCAUUGGAAGCUCUCCAACUUUCAAACUUCAAAAUAAUGAGAUUGCCACUAGCGGGGAAAAGGAUUUACAAUCUCCUAUGCCAAUUGGAGAAAAUGUCAAUUUUUCAAGGGAAAAUGAGUUGAAUGAAAAGGACCAAAUGAUAAAUUUAAAUGAACAUACGAAAACUCAUCACCAUAUGCCCGAACCCAUAACAAACCCCGACGCUAUUAACCGCCAAAAUAGCAGUGAGACACAAAAAUUGAACACCUUGACGAGUUACGACAAAUUUGAAAGUAGCCAUGAUCAUAAAAAUAUUUCUUUGUCAGACCUUACUCGAUUGGAUAAAGAUAAGGCCAUUGAAUCGCGGGAUGAUAAUGAUAUUCAAAAUAAUGUUAACAGCCUCAAAGACAAUAUUUUGAAUCUAAAAACUGUCGAAGAUCAAAUUCCAAUUUUAAAUCGAAAUUCUAAAGACGAUUCUCAAUAUUUCAGAGCCGGUCAAAUUAGAGCCAUAGUUCUUGCUACCUGCAUAUGCGGAUCCGUUUUCUUGGUAGUGGCGGCUAUUUUUUGUAGGCAGGCUCAAGUUAGGCGGGGCAAAAGGCGGAACGCUAAAGCUAGAAAGUUGAAAAAUAAAGAGCUACAGCCACAAACGAUGAAUGGAAUAAAUGGAGAAACUAAUUUGAGCUAUGAUCAUAAACCAACAGGAAACAAUGGACAGAAUUACAACUAUUUUGUUGGAAAUGAAGCGAAUUUGAAUCAUUUUAAAGUUAUAGAAGCAAGUCACGAUAUUAGGGCUGACCAAAAUGUUGAUGCUAACGAGGGAUCACGUUAUGGGAGAGAGGGACAACUCAUAUAUCAAAUCGAGGAAUAUCACCGAAUUAAAUCUAACGCCGAGCUGAAUAAUAAUAUAAUUAAUGAGACCACUCUAGGUGGAUUAGAGACCAAUUCUAAUAUUAACAACAAAAAUGCGGCUGUAUUGCCUCAUGAUCAAGUCAUUGUGAAUUCGAAGAUUAAAAAAAUUGCCCCGAAAGUGCCUUUUCCCGAAGCGGUCACUCAAAAUUUCAAGAAAAAUUGCGAUUUAGAACUCCAUCAUCAAAAAGACGAUGAAAAUGAUGGAGAAGACGAAUAUGAUUUGAAAAAAUUUAACGAUGCCACUUUACCCCUAUACGUGGGUAGCGAUAUUUCAGACGAUUACAAAAUCAAUAAUAUAACCGACGAGGGCUUCAACUCUAACAAUAAUAACGGAAAUCAAUAUUGCAAUAACGGUGGAAGGCCGGAGGCUAUCGUUACUCCUCAUAAAUACGGACAGAGUUAUAUAGCGUCCACAAAUAAGGAACCCGUCAAAAAUAAUAACAAAAGCCUUACGCCUAAAGACUAUAAAUCGGAAGUCAAGAAGAAAUAUAGGCGUGAUAGCAAAGUUUCCGAAAUUAUAGAAAAAUUAAACGCCCAGCAAAACCAAAAUCAAUCCCCUUCCGAAGAAUCAGAUGAUAUAACAAUUAACACAAGCAAAGAUGAUAGAUUAACUGCGUUCGAAAAGUUGGACAAGAAAAGUAUCUCAGAAUUCGUGGAAAUUACAUUCUCCAGGCAAUAAUAAAAGAUUGGGAAAAAUUUUCCCAAUGGUGUCUAUAUCAUAUUUUAUAACUCAUUUAUAGGUAUAAUAGCUAUGGUAAAAAAAUAUAUUAAAAAUUUUUAAUUGAUUGAGAUAGAAUGUGAUUUUGGCCAAUCAAAUUCCAUACAUUAUAACAACAAAUUUUAUUUUCAAAGAUCAAUUUCGCUCUAUAAAGAAUCCUAAUUACAUUUAUAUAUUUUAUUUUAAAAAAAACAUUUCGUCAUCUACUUAUAGUAUAAAUCAAAAUAAUUUAUUAAAAUGUAUUUAAUAAAAGUGCAAUUUUUUUAAAAACUUGGAUACAAAUCAAUUAAAAAUACCUUAACAAAUGGGCCUAGUUUAUCGCUAAUGAUUAUUUAUUAAAAUUAUCUAUUUUGUAUCGAGUGUUUUAUUUAUUAUUAACUCCAUGUUUUGUAACUUGUCAAUCGUUAUAAAACAGCAUUUCUUUCACCUUAUUCAAUUUAGUAAAUACUUAAUACAAAUACUGAUAUUGCCAAUUUUGAAAAAAUUAGAUAGAAUAUAUGUCUUAAAUUAUAACACUUUUUCACAUUUUAGAUAAUUUUUAAUUAAACCCCCCGUCGACCUUUAUUUUUGUUAAAAUCAUUUAUCAAACUAUCAAUCCCUUUUAUUUUCACUUAUGAUUAAAAUUAAUUAAGCAUUUAAGAUUUCUAAAAAUUAACACCCAUAGAAUUUGUACAUUUUAAAAAAUAUAUUGUAUUUCCUAACUCUCACAUGAUAGAAAUUCUCGGAUCCUUCUUAUGCAUUUAAUAUAUAUUUUUCGUUAUAAAACAAAAAUCUAAAAAAAAAAUUAAACAUAUUUUUAUUUUACCUGAUAUU